AAGUAUUAAUAUUCCUACAAGAUAGUAAUAGUUGGUUAAUAUCAAUAGAUUAUAAUUACGUUUUGAGAAUGGGAGGUUUAGGCUCACCAUGUGGAGGAUGCAAGUUCUUGCGUAGGAAAUGUGUAGAGGGUUGUGUAUUUGCACCAUACUUUUGCUACGAAGAAGGAUCUUCUAAUUUUGCAGCCAUUCACAAAGUGUUUGGAGCUAGCAACUUCUCUAAGCUCAUUUCUCAUCUCCCUGAUCAUGACCGAUGUGACGCCGUACGAACCAUCUCUUACGAGGCUCACUCUCGUCUCCAUGAUCCUAUUUACGGCUGCGUCUCCCAAAUCUUCUCCCUCCAACAACAGGUUGUUAGUUUACAAGCACAAGUGGUUCUACUUAGAGAAGAAGCUUCGAGAAGGUUCCCUCAAGAUGAUCCUGGUUGUAAUAUGAAGCAACAAGAAAAGGUUCUUGCUCAACAAAUGCCACAAGAUCUUCACAAUUGGUUUCACCAAGGAAUCUUGGACUCAGACUUCGACCCAAUGAGUGGUACUACACGCGACAAUGAGCGGUCCAUGGAUCAUAAUGAGUCUCCUUGUAGCUCAAAUGAAUCACUUAAUUACUACCAGGAGGUCAAUUUUCCUUGGUCUGUUUGAGUACAAGUGACUACUUUGU